GAUUCUUUCGUUUCACUUCCCCACUUUCUCCUGAUUUCGGUUUCAUCGCCAUAGUAUCAAAUCUCUCUCUCUCUCUCUCUCUCAUGCUUGUUUAUUAUGUUAGAUAUAUAAAUAAACUUUCGUUCUCCUCUCAUUUUAUUUUGGAUUUGCGUUAAUUACACGGAAAUUUCGAGAAAUUGUGAAUAGCCCAUUUUUAGGGUUUUUUGAGAUAAGAUAUCAGUGGAAGUCAAAAAAGAAUUUAAUGUUAGGAGUUUCUUCUGGGUAGUUUCAUCUCUCUUUUCCUCUCUCUCACCAUCACAAACAACAAGGAGAAGAAAAAGCUGCUUAAAAGCUCCAAAUUAAAGCAGGAGAAACAGACAUGGCGGCUUCUUCAUCAUCGGCUGCUUCGUUUUUCGGAGUAAGACAAGAAGAUCAAACACCAGUUCCUCUUCAGAGUUCCUCCGCCGUCUCCGGCCCUCCUCAUCCGCCGCCGCCGCCGCCGGAGGAAGGUCCGACGCAGAAGAAGAAGAGAAACCAGCCAAGAACUUCAAAUUCGGAUGCGGAGGUGAUAGCGUUAUCGCCAAAGACGCUAAUGGCGACGAACAGGUUCAUAUGCGAAGUGUGCAACAAAGGGUUUCAGAGAGAACAGAACCUGCAGCUCCACAGGAGAGGACACAACCUUCCGUGGAAGCUGAAACAGAAAUCGAACAAGGAAGUGAAGAGGAAAGUGUAUCUGUGUCCGGAGCCCACGUGCGUUCACCACGACCCCUCACGUGCCCUCGGAGACCUCACCGGCAUCAAGAAGCAUUAUUACCGCAAACACGGCGAGAAGAAGUGGAAGUGCGAGAAAUGCUCUAAGCGUUACGCCGUUCAAUCUGAUUGGAAAGCCCACUCCAAGACCUGUGGAACCAAAGAGUAUCGAUGCGACUGCGGCACCAUCUUCUCUAGGCGCGACAGUUUCAUCACACACAGGGCGUUCUGCGACGCGUUGGCUCAAGAAAGUGCGAGACACCCAACGUCUUUGACGUCCUUGCCAAGUCAUCACUUCCCGUACGGACACAACAUCCUCGGUCUUUCCCAAAUGGGGCCCACACAGAAUCUUGAUCUUCACCACCACCCGAACCAAAACGUCGACGUUCUCCGCAUCGGAAGCGCCGGCGACGGAGGAGGAGGACCGGCGUCUCGCUCCUCCGAUCUCCUCCCUCCUCCACCUCCUCCUACCAAUGCCUCCGGCUUCUUCAUGCAUGACCAAAACCCUAGCUUUCACGAACAAGACACGACGAGCUCUCAUCACCAGCAAGGAUUUUUGGCGGCGGCGAACAACAAGCCGUUGACUUUUCAACACGGUCUCAUGCAGUUCUCCGACUCGCUGAACUCUCCUUCCUCUGUCAACCUCUUCAACCUCAGCUUCCUCUCCGGCAACAACAACAACGGCGCCGCCACAAGCAAUGCAGCCGCAGCUUCUCCGGCCGGUAAUAUGAUGAUAUCGAACCCUUUUGACCGCGAAAACGCGGUUACUGGAGGCCGAGAAGGGCCCACGAGCAUCGGUCUCUUCCCAAAUGGCCUCUUGAGCUCGACAGAUCGCAUAAGUUCCUCCAUGCAAAAUUCCAAUCCUACCCCUCACAUGUCAGCCACUGCACUUCUUCAGAAAGCGGCACAAAUGGGUUCAACGUCGAGUACUAACAACAACAGCAACAACAACGUGCCCUCGAUCUUGAGGAGCUUUAGCGGCGGCGUUUAUGGCGAAAACGAGAGAAACCUUCAGAACUUGAUGAACUCAUUUUCUGCUCCAAUGGAUCCUGCGUUCGGUUCGUUUGGAAGGAACAAGGGAAGUAGCACUGUCGAUAAGCAGAACAUGACGAGAGACUUCCUCGGCGUAGGACAGAUCCUACGGAGCAUGAGCGGCGGCGGCGGGGGGGGUCACAGA